AUGGUCGAUUGCCGUGAUAGAGAAGAAGAGACUAUAGUCGAGAGAGUCCUACUUACAGAUCUCGAGAAUGCCGCUUAUCUGCCGGAAGGUAGGUGCAUGAAAGGUAUGCUCGCUGGAAACGGCAACUGGCGCAGUCCGGAAGCACACUUCAGGGGAGAACUCAACAAGCCAACAGACAUGUUUGCCUUUGGGAUUAUAUGUCUCUAUGCGGUGUUGGGACAUGUUAUCUUUGGCAUCGAUGACGAUUUCCGCUUCCAUGAAUCGCAAGGUGCAUUGCCCGCUAUGAUACGUCUACAGCGUCAAGUUUCAUACUUUGGCGACAAGGAAGGCAUCAAUGGACUGCUGAAACAUAUUGGCAAUGACGAGGUCAAUUUCCAAGAUCUGCGGAUGCUGUGGGACGAAGAUCAGAAGAAUACAUACCAUACAAGCCAUUUUCACAGUGGGAGGACCAUAUGGAACCGGAAUUCAGGGAUCUUAUCGGGCAGCUGA